UUCCAAAUUCCCAUGGAAGACCAAAAUCCAGAAGCAGCUACAUCCAGCGGGGGUGGUAAAAAAGGUGAGGAGUCUAAGGACUCCGAAUCUAACGAGACCAGGAUCAACAUCAAAGUAAAGAACCAAGAUGGCGGUGAAAUCUUCUUCAAGAUCAGAAGAGGGACCAUGCUUAAGAAAUUAAUGGACGCCUAUUGUCAGAGACAAGGACUGAUGGUAUCGACUUGAAGAUUUAUUUUUGAUGGGGAGAGGAUUAAGGAAACAGAUACCCCAGAUUCAUUGAGCAUGGAAGAAGGCGAUGAAAUAGAUUUGAUGGUUGAGCAAACGGGAGGAUCUUGAAACCAGUAAAAGAUGGAGGUAUUUCAUUA